AUGACCGACAAUGGAGUUUUUCAUCAACACUCACUGUUCCUGCGUCUCGGCUACUCGGCGGAAGAGCUCUCGUCUGCUUCAAUAACCGUUUCUACCUUUCCUGACCCUCUACAAUUGCACCUGAAGCCCCAUGCUUCCCUCUCAAGCAUCCAAUUGAACCUCCACACCUUGUACGGUUAUCUCCACGAAGGUAAGAUGUUAGUGAAACGACUUGCCGCAGCCUUCGGUGCAGUCACUCUGGCCCAGGCACAGCUGUUCGGCAAUACGACUAUUUGGACCGCAGUUCCUACUCCUACGCCUACACCCACGCCUUGGAACGUAACACAUUAUGGCGGCAAGGUCAACAUCACCAACAAUCUCGCAUUAACGCCACCAAUGGGUUGGAGCUCCUGGAACAACUUUGGUCCGGACAUCAACGAAACGGUCGUGCGCAACACAAUCGAUGCUAUGGAGCGGCUAGGUCUGAAGGAUGCAGGCUACAUAUACAUCAAUAUAGACGACGGCUGGCAGCGCUACAAGGGCUCGCGAGAAGACCAUCCGCUUGAAGUCGACCCGGCCAAGUUCCCUAACGGACUGAAAGCUGUCGCCGACUAUGCCCACUCGAAGGGCUUCAAGCUCGGUAUUUAUAGUGGGCCGGGGGUGGACACCUGUGCUGGGUUUACAGGCUCAAAAGGCCAUGCUGCUGAGGAUGCAAAACUUUUCGCGUCUUGGGGAAUCGACCACUUGAAAUACGAUGCUUGUUGUUCGCACGCAGACGAGCCCCAAUCUGCAGUCCAGCAGGUCAUGCUUGACAUGAGCACUGCACUCAUCGCCACGAAUCGUUCCAUCGUCUUCCACGCCUGCCACUGCGGCUGGGCCAACGUCUGGGAAUGGGCCGCCGAAGAAGGCGCAAACCAAUGGCGCAUCGGCCAGGACAUCUCCGACGACUUCAACUACCCGGGCAACCGCGAGAAAUACUACUUCGACGUGCUCGACAUGUUGGAUCGUGGAAACGAAGUCGCAAAAUGGACCGGGCCCGGCCACUGGAAUGAUUACGACAUGUUGAUUGUAGGCCUCGAUGGGGAAAGCAAACAGCUUGUUGGCACAGGUCUGUCGGACCUCGAAUACCGCACACACUUUUCCCUCUGGGCACUCGCCGCUUCACCGCUCCUCAUCGGCGCAAAUAUCACCAAACUUUCUCCAUAUGACCUCCAAACCCUGACCAACAAGGAGAUCAUCGCCAUAAACCAGGAUCCGCUCGGGCAGCCCAUUACCCUGCAGUGGUCGGCGCCAGACAAUAAAACUCAGAUCUAUUCAAAGGGCAUGCAGGACGAGAGCUUGGUCAUUGCGCUGCUGAAUCGUGGGACCGAGACAGCGAGUAUCACGGUAAAUAUGCGGGCGCAUUUGACGGUGCCGUGGGAUGUGUAUCGGGUGAGGGAUCUAUGGAAGAAGGUUGACAGAGGGCCGUAUGACAUCCCUUUUACCACGGAGGUGCAGGCGCAUGAGGCGAUGAUUUUCAGGGUGUGGAAGGUAGCAUGUACAGUAGGUUGUUGA